ACGAAGUGAGAUGCUGAAGUGAUGUCAAUGGACACUUAUUUUUCUUACUCUGCACCGAGAAGUCAGUCUGACCUUUCUUAUAAAUUUCAGUCGGAAAAUUCGAUUGUUCCACAACAUGGCGUCAACGUUGUACUAGGAGGGGCAAUGAUAAGUGGAAUUAUAAUAAUGCUGUUCGUCAUUUGCUACUGUUGUCAUCGAAGUCAACAGAAACGUGAAAAUCACAUCAAUACAUAUUGGAGAGAACCAGCAAUAUUAACAUCGGAUAUUUUCACCAUCGACGGCGCUCAGUUGAUAGAAGUAGCUGAAUAUCAGGUGGAAGAUAGCACUCCGUCUACUCCGGGUCAACCUCCAUCAGGACCUCCUCCUCCUUACGAUUCGAUCGUCGAUUCAGCGCCACCGUACGACAGCGUAGUAGACACGGAAACCGAAUUAGAACACGAAAAUGAAACUCAAAACAGGAGGAAAUCGCGAAGAUGGUCUUGUUCGCAGGCGGUCGUUGUGCCUGUCGACGACUGCGAACCUCCUCCAAGUUACGAACGUGCUUUAAAAUUACAAAACGGUGAACAUAUGUAAAUACUCUCCUGUUUUUACAUGUUAUCUUCUCUUCGAACAUUUGUAUGAUUCUUUUGUGAUUAGAUAAUAGGGCGAUCAUCAAUUGCAUAUGAAAAAUAAAUUUAAUUUGAUUUAAUCUAACCUCACUUUUUAAUUUCAGCAGGACCUUCCAUAGGGUAUUUCCAAUCUCUCACACGAAUUCAAUUGUUUAACUACCCCAACAUUCCAAACCUGACCUAACUUAACCUAGCGUAAUUUUCUGAUUUUAGUAUGACCUUCCUUACGUUCUUGACCCCCACAUGAAUUUAAUUUUGCAACUACUUUUUUUAUAUAUAUCAUCAUCAUAAGGUCGUCAGUCCUAAGACUGGUUAGACACGCACCUCCACUCUUUCCUAUCCAGGCCCCUCUUUUCCAUUGGGCACUCUGGGCAAGUGCCCAGGGCCCCACGAUCAACGGAGGCCUCCUAUAUAGUUUCUGCCAGAUCCAUCCGCC